CCCACACACACACAGAGAGAGAGGCACCUUGUAUAUAUACCCCGAGCCGAGUCGAGGGUGGGUCGCCGUGGAUCGAUCGAGUGCUCGUGUAUUUAUUGACAGGGGGCUCUCUCACCUGGUGAAGUUGGGUUCACCUGGACACCUUUGGAGCCAGCACCAGUAAAGGCUGCGAACACACAGAGACAACUCCAACAUGGACCUUACUCUUGACUUUGACUCGGAAGCCUUCUUGAACUUCACCGACUACUGGGAUCUGGAGCCGUUGUGCAACGAGUCUACGGACGCAAACUGCAGCUCUUCCUACAAGCACUUCGAAUGCCCACAGGUCCUCAAUAAGGGCGCCAUUCUCAUCGGCAUAUCCAUCGUUUACCUCUUCAUCUUCGUCGUAGGAGUCGCAGGCAACGUGGCCGUGUUCUGCUUCAACGUGUUCUUUCACAAAAACAGGUUCGAGACUCAUCUGUACGUCGUCAACCUCGCCAUUUCCAACAUCUGCAUCGUACUCGUCAUGCCCGUGAUGGUGGCCUCGUUUUUGCACGACGACCAGUGGCUCUAUGGCAACUUCCUGUGCAAGCUCACCAACGUCACCUUCAGCGUCAACUUGUUCGCCGGCGUGUUCUUCGUGACCGCCAUGAGCGUCGACAGGUACAUCACCUUCGUGCACUUCCACGAGGCGUCCAGCCGGCGGAAGCAACGCGCGCGCCUCCUGAUAUGCGCCAUCGCGUGGCUGCUGGCCGUGGUGGCGUCGCUGCCCGAGAUCAUCUACAUCCGAGCCGUGACAACUCCCAACGGCGAGACCCACUGCCGCGCGGACCUGCCCCCGGACCACUUUUUCAAGUGGAUGGCUGGCAUCACCCUGCUGUACAACACGCUGGGCUUCCUCGUGCCCUUCCCAAUGAUCGUCGUCAGCUCGGUGCUCCUCUACCGGGCCAUCGCGUGGCACGGCCUCUCGGAGAGGAACAACGGCCGCACGAUCGUGCUGGUGUACGCGACGGUCUUCGCGGUCUGCUGGACGCCCUACCACGUGCUCUUGCUGGCGGACGCGCUGGCGCUGCUGCGCGUGCUGCGGUUGGGCUGCGCGCUGGACGAGGCGCUGUACGUGGGGCUGCACGUGGCGCAGUGCCUCGCCGUGGGCCAGUGCUGCGUCAACCCCGUGCUCUACUGCUUCGUGGACAAGCGGCGCCGGCAGGAGUUCAUCCGCUCAGUCGUGGUCAAGUUCAAGGCGAGCACCGCCUCGCACGACCUGCUCGCGGAGGACUGCACCUAUGUCACUCAGAACACGGAAUGCGCGGUCAUACUGCCGAACCGAUCCGAGGCGGACCGCUGACUUUGAAGCCAGUUUGUCUGGAAAAAUUCAAGACCCCCCGCACGGUGCACGCGAUUACCCAGUCAUAGAUACGGCUUGUACCCAAAUGUAAAACUUUGCUGCUUAAAUUGUCAACUGUAUUCUAUGAUGUGUAAAGAAUGACCAAGUAAGAGUUUGCUCGCCGUGAGAAAAACCUGUAGAUGCUAAAAUACUUUUUAUAUAUAUAAAAUGUCGCAUUUAUACAGAGUGCUUGUAUGUAAUACUGGAUAAUAUUGGUAAGUAAAAUAUAUUUUACGACAUGUAUUUUCUAGGUAUGAGACAAACAGGACUAAAAAGCAAUGGUAUACAUUUCCCGAGCUGAACUUUUUUUAUUGUAUAGAAUUAUCAAUUCCAUAAUGAAGACUUAUUUACAAAAUAAAGACUGGAACGCCAAUGUUUAAUAACUACAAUUUAAAAUACUCGAGAGAGACGAUGAACGUUGUAACGGAUCUACUGUUACAAAUCAUUCAACAUUUCAACUAUUGGAUCGUAAAGAUACUGCACGGUUUUCGAAUAAAAAAAAUAAACCCUCUUUGGAAUCGCA